UUUCAUUAAAAUAUAUAUUAACAUUCGCUUAAUAUAAGAAAAAAAAAACAUUCGCUUAAUAUGGUACAUACACUUAAUAGAUUCGGUAUAUCACGGCUUUUUCUACUUUUAUUUAGCACUUAACUUGCCGUAGGUGAUCUCAUUUAAACCUUUGUUUUGAGGAGAUAUAUAUCAGCAAUUUUAUUAAAAUAGAUUAAAUUUCAUCAAAAACGAUAAAGAACACAAAACUAUAGUUAUUUCAUUUAGUUUAGUUUUUACACGUCAAAAGUUUAAAAAAAUUAUUUAUCAAUGGUUUUAUCAAAUCUUCACAUUUCUUUGCAAUAUUUUUUUUAAUUUUCCAAAGUAAUAGUAAUGUUCAAUGUAUUGUAAAUAAUUAAGUAGAUGAUAUGAUUUUUUCAGGUCAAAUUGUAUAUAUUAAUAAUAAUGUUUUGCAGAAGUUUUGGAUCUUAAAUUCACAAUUAAAAAAAAAUGGAAAUUGAUUUAAAAAAAUUCUAAUUUAAGUUAACAUUUCUUAAUAAUAAUGUUUUGAACUCUGAAUAGAAAAAAAAACUAAUCCAUUACAUUAAACCUAGGCUUUAAAACAUUUUGAUAAGUCUCUAGAGUUUCAAACAUUUUAUUCUAAAUAUGUUUGAGAAGUCAUGCUUAGACUAAUCUCUCAUUCCCUUUGUUUGAUUUACUAGUCGUUUAACUCGUGUUCUUUUCCACUUUAAAUCGUUCCCAUUUCUGUUUACUUUCUUCAAACCAAAAAGAAAGUUGAAAUUAGUAUACAAAAAAGAAAAAGUUAAAAUUGAAGAACGUUAAAGAGUAACGUAUAUGUUGAUUUUUUUUUUAACAUUCGUAUAUGUUGAUUAAAAAUAGCUUCAACGGUCAUAAAUAGUGAAAAAUAAUUAAAAAAAAUUCUCGAAACUAUAAUAUUUAAUUCUCUGAAAAGAUAUUAUUUAAUUACAAUAAAUAAAAUUCUCUCUCUCUCUAUAAAACAACAACAAUUACCAAGUUAUUUCUCUACCACAAAAGCUCUGUUUCUCAUAUCUCCUCUCUGUUUUCAUCAGAUAUCUAAAGACAGCGUUUGAUUUCAACAGCUAUGGUGAGAAUCUUCCUUCUCUACAAUCUCUUAAACUCUUUUCUCCUCUCUUUAGUACCAAAGAAGCUACGAAGUCUCUUCCCUCUCUCUUGGUUCGACAAAACUCCCCACAAGAACUCAUCCAUGUUACCAUCUCCCUCACCAUCCUCUGCUCCAACGAGAAAAACAGAUCCCUCCGAGCUGAAACGCGUUUUCCAGACCUUCGACAAGAACGGAGACGGCCGAAUCACCAAAACCGAGCUCAACGACUCGCUAGAGAAUCUUGGAAUCUACAUACCAGACAAAGACCUCACUCAGAUGAUCCACAACAUCGACGCCAACGGCGAUGGGUGCGUGGACAUAGACGAGUUCGAGUCCCUGUACAGCUCCAUCGUCGAUGAGCAUCGCAAGGAUGGAGAAACAGAGGAAGAUGACAUGAAAGACGCGUUUAACGUGUUUGACCAGGACGGAGAUGGUUUCAUCACUGUGGAGGAGUUGAAGUCUGUGAUGGGUUCCUUGGGACUCAAGCAAGGUAAAACAUUGGAAGGCUGCAAGAAGAUGAUUAUGCAAGUGGAUGGUGAUGGAGAUGGUAGAGUCAAUUACAAAGAGUUUCUUCAGAUGAUGAGAGGUGGUGGUUUUAGCUGCAGUAAUAACUGAUCUUUAUUUAGGAUUUAACGUAAGAGUGUGUGUGUUUAUUUGUUUAACUUGUUUGUUUUCCUUUUUAUGUGUAAAUAUUUUUUUUUUGAUGAUGCAUCAAGUGUGUAAUUUUUUUUUCCUUUUUAGGAUUUCUCUAAGGUUAUGUAAGAUUCUCCUUCUCAUUUCAUUUGGUUUAGUUCUUUAGUAGAUUGUUAAACAUUUUCAAUGAAAACAGUUUUUAGUAAUU